ACCCCGUGAUUUCGCAGGGUAUUUGCCCAAGACGGAAAUGGCUGUGGGCACUUUAGGAGGAGUGGUUCAUUCGCCAGUAGCUGCUGACUAGCCGUUUGGCGUUGCUGACGUGACACGCGAGAUACAAGCUUUCUGGAAUAUGCACAGCCAGCUGUGUUCGUACUCGUUUAGUGGCUGUUGCGAACAAUACGAUCCAAGCGCAUACGCUCCAAUAGAGAUUGCUGCUCGUUUCGCAAGCAUGUAUGGAAUAGGAUGCCUGAGCCACGCUGCCUUACGACGACAAUCAUCUACUUCUCGAAAAGGGCGAAUACUGCGAGUACAGUAAAUGAGCUGUAUGUUGAUGAGCGGCUGAGGUGCGGUGAUACCGUUUGCAUUAGUAGCUUACACGAAACCGUCGUGAAGCGAAAACAGACGGCCUCGUGGACGCACGCGCGGCGGGAUGAGCCCCAGUGGAUUGCAGCAGCUCAAGACUGCCGACUCUUGAUGAUUCGAAGCGACGCAGAGUUAUGUCCAGACAGAGCUAAAGGACCUGAUCUAGCGGAGACAUUUGUUUCCCUUCUGCAGGGCAUUGAUAAGCAGCCCCAACGAGGAUCACCUACAUCUCGCCAGUGUAACGCCCAGCCACUUGCAGGAAAUAAUUGGUUCGUUUGUGAAAUCUUGAAAGAAAGCAUCAGUAUGGAAUGGAGUCACUCAGCGGUGCUCAAUCAGCGUGAUAAACGGAGGCUAGAAGCGUCUAGGAACAGGCGACCAGACGCGGUCCCUACACAUACGCGUCUUCGCUUGCUGCUUGCAACCGUCGUUUAAUAGCGGUGAUGUUGUGGCUGGAGCCGUGGUGGACAAUACUCGGAAAUC